UCCAAAUUCUAUUCUUACUGUUAUUUAUUUAUUUAUUUUUCCUGGGAAAGUUGGAGAGCGCUUUUCGUUUAGCGGCUGGUGAUCUCAAAAAUUUUCUGUUGUCUUCUCCGGGAAGUUCAUUUUCCCGGAAGAAUUUCAACCCCGAAUUCGCCUUCUCGCGCGUUUCUUUUCUGAAUCGGGCUUUUAACAGGAAAUUGAGGGCAAUUGAUCUCUAAUGGCGUCCACCAGCAGAAUGGUGCCAUCUGGAGAAGACGAAACUCAGGAAGAAGAGCUUGAAAGAUUUGAUGAUUUUACUCUCGCCUCUUCAUGGGAAAGAUUUAUAUCUGAAAUAGAGGCAGUUUGUCGGCAGUGGUUAGCUGAUGGUCCGAAGAAUUUGUUGGAAAAGGGUGCGGUUCAAUUGGAGUUCUCUCAGAAAUUAUAUAGGGUCAAAUUUGAGUUGAAAUAUGCUGCAAAGAGCUAUAGCGUGGAUUAUUAUUUUGAAAAGAACAGUGGUGGAAAAAUAGCAGAUUGGGAUUGCACUUUGCAUGAUUUGCAGUUAUGCUUUGGUGUGAAGGAAUUUUUGGUGAUUGCUCCUCAAAGUGCCAGCGGUGUGGUUCUUGAUGCACCAGAGGCUAGCAAGCUCUUAAGUGCAGUUGCAAUUGCUUUGUCAAACUGUUCCAGCUUGUGGCCGGCAUUUGUUCCAGUACAUGAUCCUUCUCGAAAAGCUUAUAUUGGAAUUCAAAAUAUGGGAACUGUUUUCACUAGAAGAUUUGAGGCAGAUCGAAUUAGUAGCCAGGUUCCAGUAAAGCUCAUGCAUUUGGAAGGCUUAUACGAGCUAUUUGUUUCUAAGUUUGGUUACUCCACACUGGAUUAUGCUAUGCGCCUUUUCAAAGUUCAGUUUACAAUGAAGUCAACAUACAGAACCAUUCCCAAUGAUGAUGAUGACGACAACGAUCUCCAGAGACCUGCUGCAGAAAUUGAAGAUUAUGGAAGAACUCGUGAUGGUGACACUGACGCAUCUAACAGAUCACAGUGGGAUGAUGAUUGUCCUUGGAGUGAGUGGUAUUCUGCAGAGAACCCAGUAAAAGGAUUUGAAUUAAUUGCCACAUGGCCAGAGAAGAUGGUUGAAAGUUCUCUUGAAAUGGCUGAAUUAGAAAAUGCGUCACCCCAUGAAGCUGAAAAGUGGAUGAUACUUCCAAUCCUGUCACCAAAUUUCGAUAGUUCAGAAGGAAACAGUAGUUCUGAAGGAAACAGAAUUGGAUUUGCUUCCCAACUGCGCCUUUUGGUUGAUGCAUUAGAUAUGUCUUUUGAUGCCCAUUUCAUGGAGGAUUUUGUAUCAGUUGAAAACCCAAGUUCUGCUAAUCUUAAAUCUUCCAUGGUUGUACCCCCACCAACAGUAAUUGAUCGGCUGCUCAAAGAUCUCUUUCAUGAGGGAUCUCAACUCCCAGAUUUUACUGGAGGAGAGCAUAAGAAUUCUCGAGCUAUUAAAGGCGCACCUCUAGGAUCUCUUUUUGCGCAGUUUUGUCUACAUUCACUAUGGGUUGGGAGCUGCAACAUUCGUGCUAUUGCUGUGCUCUGGAUAGAGUUUAUUCGAGAGGUCCGUUGGUGUUGGGAGGAGUCACAGCCGUUGCCCAAAAUGCAUGCUAAUGGUUCCAUUGACCUGUCAACUUGUUUGAUUAACCAGAAAUUGCAAAUGCUUGCUAUAUGCAUUGAGAAGAAGUGUGAACUAAAUGAAGAAUUUCAAGAUUGUAUAGAAAGCAAUGAUCAUAUCAAGGAAGAUGGUCUAGUAGCGAAUGAGGCAACUAAUAUGCAUAUACCUAGGGAAGAGUUUUAUGGGAUUCGUGACAGCCCCUUGACUCAAGAUGGCUUGCGUUGUUCUGAACCAAUCAAGUCAAAGUCUAGUAUGAAGCAUAAAGAUGCGUCAUCUACUGAUGAAAAAUCUUCAGAUCGUAUCAGGAGAGGUUCAGCUGGUGUGGUGGGAUCUAUGAUGCUAUUGAAGUCAUAUCAGAGCAUGCAUGCCCCUUUCACACAGGAUCCAUCACUGAUGACAGAAGACAUGCAUGAAGAACGAUUGCAGGCUGUUGAAGCAUCUGGUGGUUCUUUUAACUUUUCUGCUCAGUUGGAGAGAGAUAUCUUAUCAUCAGACAUGGCAGCAUUCAAAGCAGCUAAUCCCGAUGCCAUUUUUGAAGAUUUUAUUCGGUGGCAUUCUCCUGGAGAUUGGGAGAAUGAUAAGACAGAAAGAAGUGGACCAUCCAGAAACUUAAUGGAUGGUUUGAAGGAUGAUUGGCCUCCUCGAGGCCGACUUUCACAACGAAUGUCUGAGCGCGGAAACCUAUGGCGAAAAAUUUGGAAUGAUGCACCUGCUUUACCUGCUUAUGAGCAGAAACCACUUUUGGAUCCAAAUCGAGAAGGAGAGAAGAUCCUUCAUUACCUGGAGACAUUAAGACCCCAUCAACUGCUAGAGCAAAUGGUUUGUACUGCCUUUAGAGCAUCAGCUGACACACUGAAUCAGACUAAUUUUGGAGGGUUGAAGCAGAUGACAAUGAAAAUCGAGCAGCUUUACCUUACUUUGGCAUCUGUGUUGAAGGAUUUACAAACAAAUAGUAUAUCUGGCAACAGUGAGACUAUCGAAGACCUAAGACGGCUGUGUGUCAUCUUUGAACAUGUUGAGAAGUUACUUACUCUUGCAGCUUCUCUUCAUCGCAAGUUCAUUCAAGCACCACGUCUUUCUGCAGAUAUCUUCACUGACUACUAUAACUUUUAUCUUCCAAGAAUGGGAACAGGCUCCUCAGAUGUCAAUGAAAAGGAGUUCAAUAAGAAGCAGUACGUAAGAAUGCAGGAGAGACAAAUUGUAUCAGAUAUGUUUACACCACCUACUCCUAACCAGUCAUGGAGAAAAGUACUAAGCAUGGGUAAUCUUCUCAACGGGCAUGAGCCGAUUGCCAGGGAAAUUAUAUUUUCUAUGCGCGAUAGCAUGAACAAUCAUCAUUAUGCUGCCCAAACUCCAAAGGACUUCAAAGAAGAAAUAGAGACAUAUAGAAUGUACACAUGUGGAACCUCAAAUGAUCUUCGUGUAGCACUUUCUGUUACCUCAUUUGAUUAAUUUUUGGUGAUUUACAUAUUAAAUAUUGUCUUUGUUUUGAUUGGAUUUCCCAGAAUUCAUCUCAAGUGGUAUUGUUUUGGCAUACGCUUAAAAUUGUGAUAAUAUGAAGUAUGGUAUUUGAAUAGAAUGAAUUUUCAAUUCAUAUUUUAA